AGGGGUUGAAAUAAUUAUCAUAAAUUAAUAAACAUGGAAGAUAAGCAUCAGGAUGAGCAGAGUGUUGAUACAGAACAGAAAUUGAACAAGAUGGUCCAAAAGAUCCAGGAUUUGUACCAACAUAUGGAUCAUAAGGAGAAGUUGUUCUCCGCCAUUGAGAAGGAGAAAGAUAUGAAAUAUGAGAAGCUAACUGAGGAGUAUAAGUUGCUAGCAAAAGAGAAGGAGGAUGCCUGUAAGGAGCUGCAAGAGAAAAGAAUUGAAUUAUGGGAAAGGGAAGGGUCAAGGGACCUUACUUAUGCAAUCAAGAAUCAUAUCCAUGACAAUAGUCUCCUUCAGAAGGCCCUUGAGAAGGAGAGUCCUAAAAGAGAUCACUCUCAAGCUAAAAUUGAAAGAGUCAAAGAAGAAAGAGAUCUUAUCAAGACUCAGCUAAAUGAUCUCAAGAACAAAUACAAACAAGCAUGCCAAUCCAUUUGUGUCAAAGAUACAAAAAUUAGUGAGAUGAAGACUUCUAUUCAAGAACUUGAGCACAAGAAAAGCCUUGAACUGAAAAACAUGGAGAUUAAGAACCAGGAUCUUAUAAAAGAGUUGAAGGCUACUCAAGACACAAUGCUCGAUCUUAAGGAGAACCUUCACCAACUUUCUUCGAUGACUACUCAAGAGCGGGAAGAGAACAGCAAUCACAUCAAAUCCCUUAAAGAUCAGAUCGAUGCUGAAUGCAUCAAGGCGAUGAAGAAGGAACGCCAAGGUGACACCAUGGAGAUUGAGAACACCCAUCUUGCAAGCCAGAACGAGAUUCUCCAAAAGAAGUUAUCUGGAGUGCAAUCUGACUUAAGAAAAUCGAAAAAGGAGGUAAAUAAGCUCCGCAAGGACAUUGAUGACUUCAGACAGCCCACUGAAUUCGACAAGUUUCUUGAUGGUAAAGAGCACACCAUGAAAUCUCUGAUGGAAGAGAAUGAAGCCUUUAAAAAGAGACUCAUCAAAGCUGACAGCCAGAGAAAAGAUUUUGAGGUCAUACUCGAAAAGUAUUCACUAAAACUCCAAACCCGCAUUAAAGCUGAUAAAGGAGAGUACAUCGAUUGGAAGAAGAAGUUCAAGAUGAAGAAGCUUGAUGGCAUUAGAAAGAACCAGAGAAUCUUUGAACUCCAAACCCAAAAUCAAGAAUUGGUCAGAGAUCUUAAGGCUAAAGAGAAAGUUCAGAAAAUGAUAGAGAGUCUGUAUGAUAGGAAUGGUUCUAUUAGGACUCAAGACCUGCCUAAAAAUUUCACUGAUGUUACCCAACUCAUCCAUGAUCUCGAGAGAAGUAAGAGCAAAUGCAAAGAAUUUGAGAUCAUUAUUGAUGAAAAGAUGGAAGAAAUCAAUACUCUCCUAAAAGAGAACAAGACUCUCAAGAAUAAAGUCUUAGAACUUUACCAUAAUGAGAAGGAAUCUCAUGAGUAUGGCUCUACUCAAAUUGAAUCUCUCAUCAACCAAGAAGCAGAAAUCAAGAUCAUUAAACUCGACGCGAAAAUCAAAGAUCUUGAGAAGGAGAACAAGUCUUUAAGUAUUGCCCGCACUGAUUACCAGAACAGGUAUGAGACCCAGGUUCAGGAAAAUAACAUGCUGAAUAAUGCAGUGCAGACUGCAGAAUUUGAGCUGAAGAGAUUCCAGCAGCUUGUUAAUGCUCUUAAGGACUCUGAAAAAGAAAGCAAUAGCAGGAUCUCUACUUUGAAUGCUCAGAAAAUUCAACUUGAAUCCAAACUAAAAGAGCAGGAACUAAUUGUUGUAAGACAAAAGCAGGAUUCUUCUUCAGAAUCAAUUGAGACACUAAAGCAGGAAAAUGAGCUGUUUAAGAAGUUGCUAAAUAUUAGCUCUAACAAAGAAAGCACAACUAAAGUUGAUGUCCCUAAGUUACAAAAAGAAGUAGCUGAUGCUAAAGAAGAGAUCAACAGUCUGAACAAAAAGAUCUUUGCCUAUAAACUAAUGCUGAAGGAAUCUGAUAUACUCUUGUCUAUUUUCAGAGAUCAGGAUUCUUCCAAAAAUCUAGAGGCUAUCAACAAUGCUAUUGAUGUAGAAGACAUGAAGCUUGAGGAGUUGAUGAAGAAAGUGAAGCUCCAGAUUGAGUUCUGUGUCCAGAAUGUGAAGGCAUCUUUAAUCUCCUCCUCAUCAGUCCCUGAAUCUGAGUCUGCCAACAGCUUGAUGCACAAGCAGAUAGAGGAACUCUUCAAAGAGAAGGAAGAUUUACUUGAGAUGAUAAAAAAGCAGGAGACUACUUAUAAAGAGAACACUGAGAGGAACAAGAAAGUUUCAGACCAUUUGAAACAAGUCCUUGACCAGAAAAAGGCUCUUGAGUCGAAGAUUAUUAGCAUGGAAAAAACAAUUCAAGAACUUGAAGCCAAGGAUAAGGAGUCAGCAAGCCUCACUGAGAAGAUCAAAUCUGAGUCCUCACUGAAGAUUUACGAAAAGGAUAGCCAGAUCAAGCAAGCUAGUGAUUUGAUUCAAUCUCUCAAAGAUGAAAUUGAGACUACUAACUCUAGCCAUGAGUCUGAAAAAGAGCUCUUAGUGAUCGAGAAGAAAGAUCUGAAGACCCAAAUUAUCUCCUUUGAGGAAGAAUUCCGCACCCUGAAAGAACAGCUAAAGAUUAGUGCUGAGAAGUUCAAGCUUAAGGAACAAGAGAUUUGUGAGCUUAAGUCCAAUUAUGAGUCUCAGAUAGAAGAACUCGUGUCUGAGAAGGAACUUAGAGAUAUAGAAGCUCAUAAGGAAGACUCAAUUAAAAUCCUUCCAGACAAGGGUAGUCUGUUCCUUGAUGCAUUGUUGGGUAAGGAAGAGACUGAUAAGAAAGCACUGGAAGAUUCUCAUUCAUUCACAGUGAAAAACUCAAUUCUUCAGAAUAAGAUCCAUAACCUCAAUCAGAAACUCUUUGCAGUAAAGGAUGAGCUUAUUGAUAAAGAGAUCGAAAUCAAGAGGUUUAAGGAUGAAGUCAAUGAUUAUACCAUGAGACUUGGAAAUAACUCAAUCACUUUGGAGAACCUAGAGGAGAAAUCUAAAGUUGACACUGAAGAAAUUGCCAAACUCACCAAAGAAAGAGACCAGCUGCAGGUUGAACUUGCUAAAAUUAAGGAAGAUCUUGAGGUUAGAAUUAAGGAAUAUAAGUCUCAAAUAGAAGGAGCUACAAAGAAAAUCCAAAUAUUGAAGUCUCAGAUUGAAGCUAAGACUGGUGGACAGACAGGAAUUGACAAGUUAGGAUCCCCUGAACUCAAGAAAAUAGUUGUCAGAAUGCUAGAAAUUCUAAGAAAGUCUAAGAAGAUCCACGAAAUCAGAGAGGAGGAGAUCACCAAACUGAAAAAUGAGCUUGAAGAUUCUCUAAAGUCAUAAUUCCAUAAAUCCAAACGCUAUUUA